UGCCGUCGACAUCGAUGGGAACGACACAGCCGUUAAUCAUAGCGCCGAUGGCCUCCAAUCUAAUGGGAACCAGUCUUUUGCAGAACGGAAUGCAAGUGAUUCUAACGCCGGGCCAGGGCUCCAAUCAGCCCACUUUUCUCAUACCCGCCUCCACUAUCUAUUCAUCCAAUACCCAGAACUACAUCACAACGCAUACCAAUCAAACCAUUCAAUUGUUCAAUCAGUCGAGACCUCAGUUCAUACCUCAGGUGCGAAACACCUAUUCAGUGGUUCGACCGCAGAGAAUACGUGCGCCAAUGCAACCAAUGUAUAGAGCCGGUCGCCCGCCCACAGCGUAUCGCACGCCCGCUCCCAGCGCUCCGCAGCCGACGGCCUUUAGGUCUCCCGCCGUUUCCCGCACUCCCAAUACGGGCUUUCGAAGCCCAGCGGCCAAUACUGGUUACCGCACUUUGACUCCAAAUGUUGGUUAUAGAACUCCCGCUCCAAAUACGGGAUACAGGACUCCCGGUCCCCGUCAAGUGUUAAUUACUCAAUAUCCUAUGGGUUUGCCAAACACUCCCACAUAUAUUCAAACAAAUAGCAGAUUAACGAUCAGUACAUUAUUGGAGUGCAUGACUAUAUUGACGACUCAGCCCACGAAGAAGAUCAAUAUGAGAACAAUUCUCACAAUAAAGCCGUUGCCCUUCUCGUGGCCGUCGGCUAUCGACGAUCUCAUCGCUUCUCUUAUAAAACUCGAUAACGCUUUAAUGAAAGAGAAAUUCAAAGAGUCUCCGAUCGCAUGGAUGGUAACCGCACACCUGAUAGUACCGCCCAAAUGCCAGUCCUGUAAUAAAGGCAUCUGUAAUCAAGUGAACAAAACACAGAGCACUAAAUACGAGUACUGGAACUGCAAUUUCUCAAAAUGCAACGCUUCGCGUGUGAUCGAUAGGCCGCCCAUCUUCUCGGGCCCCAAGUUUGAUAUCCCGUCGUCGAAGUUGCUGUUCAUAAUCUAUUACUGGUCUAUUCAAGUGGAUGUCGAGGACCUCAUCAAAAGCGAACCGAUGACAACCCCAAUGAUGGCCAACACAGCCAGCGAUCGAGAGUUGGCCCAACUUCUGGAGGAACCGCCGCGAAAGCGAAGGGCAGCCGCUUUGGCCGCACAGAAGAACUGGCAGUUACUCGAAGUGGACGACAACCCCACCGACGAUGACAUCAUUAUCGUUGAACACAGACAGGCCGUCACCACUUCCGCCAACACCGCCGCCAACACAUCCCAUGUGAACAACAACCACAACAACACCGCUGUAUAUCCCGCCCAAAGGCCGGGCCCCGCGUCCAAGAAGUUGCAACACUUAGCGCAGCCACAGGUGAUCACAUUCAGCACAAGCAGUGGUCGAAGUGUCAGAUCUCCCAUUGUGUUCGGCGGUCCCGCGGGAGCCAACAUUCGGGUGAAUCAGUUUGUGAUCAAUCCCUUGACGUACAGUAACAGCAAUAAUGCGGUGAAUGCCGUGAAAGCGACCCGAAGUCAAGCGCAACAACAAUCGCGAGUCAACGCACAGCCGAUGGUUCGCAUCGAAACCGAGAACUCGAGUCGACUCAUCCCUCAGACACCGAGCGGUCAGUCUUUUAAGAAACCCGUUGUCACAAAAUUACACGCAAACGAACCCAUCGUUUGGCCGGUUGUCGACGGAGACGUCGAGGAGAUUGUCGGCACUUAUGAUGUGCUCGAAGAGGAUUUGAAUCUCAAAUUGACGUCCGAAGAGACGGUCAAUAACUUGGACUUAGAGUUGUUUUGCGGACCCGAUGUCGACGAGAAGGAGAAGACAUCGACUGAAAAGGAUAGUGACGUAGAAGUGGUUGAAGAGACGGUGAACGGGUCGGCGGCGACCACUCCUAAGUCCACUCCGCAGAAGAAAAUUAUACCGAAAAAUAAGAAACCAAUUGACGGACACUUGGAGUCCGUAAUCGGAAGUCUUGAGAUGGACUGCGAGAACUUCGACGACGACUACACCGACGGUGUCUAUUGUGAGUGCGAAGAAGAUAUCUUGAAUUUUAAUCAAUGGAACCGAUCGGUGGCCUCGAAGAAGGAGUUCAACGCCUACAAGGCGUCUGUGGUUUCCACCAAAAAUGUGAAAUAUUUGCGCGAAUCAGAAGUGACGGAACCGUUGGGUUCGGUGACAGUUGUGGUCAGCGAAACAUCACGAGUGUUGACCACAACACCAAAGCCCUUAGCGGUGGUGCGAAUGCCUCGAAGCAAACAAAACGUACAAACGAGUCAAUCCAUACGUAAUCCCAUUCCAUCCGUCGGAAUAAGACAUAACACACCUCGAGCUCCGAAUCAGUAUCAGUACCGACAACAAAGUCCAGCGCAGAGUCCAAUGGUUACCUCACAUCCCAUAACAUUAGUGCCGUCGACAUCGAUGGGAACGACACAGCCGUUAAUCAUAGCGCCGAUGGCCUCCAAUCUAAUGGGAACCAGUCUUUUGCAGAACGGAAUG